UGCCUGCGGUUCGACAGGACAGGAGAUGGGAAGAUCUGCUACAGCCAGUGUGGGGAAGUCAUGCGGGCCCUGGGACAGAACCCUGUCAACGCUGAGGUGCUCAAGGUCCUGGGCAACCCCAAGGCUGAGGAGAUGAACACCAAGAUGCUUGACUUUGAGCAGUUUCUGCCCAUGUUCCAGGCAAUUGCUAAGAAUAAAGAUCAGGGCUCUCUGGAGGAUUUUGUGGAGGGACUGCGUGUCUUUGACAAGGAGGGCAAUGGUACAGUAAUGGGAGCAGAGAUACGUCACGUCCUCACCUCGCUAGGUGAGAAAAUGACAGAGGAGGAAGUGGAGACACUGUUGGCAGGCCACGAAGAUGCAAAUGGCUGCAUCAAUUAUGAAGAGCUGGUCAGGAUGGUCAUGAGCGGCUGAAGACGAGGAGCAUCCCACUUUUUAUCCUGUCACAUGUAUCUUCUUUUUGCAACUAGCUUCUACAGUCCCUCCAGCCUUUUCCAUGGAUUAGUUUUUCACGUUUAAUUUAAGAAGUGCCUUUACAUUCCCUACAAAAGACCACAGGUGAUCACGGCUUUGUGGCCAGAUCCUGUCACAUCUGUGACCACCUUGUAUGUAUUCAGGAGUCAGUGCUUGCAUAGUUUGCAGUAACAUUCCAACAUGCAGCAAUGGAGAAGACACAAACUAAUAGUGAUACAUUGUAACUCUUGAUAAUCGUGUGUCAAAGUUGGAUAUUUAAGUGUAAUACUGUCAGCAACAUACUGUGUUAUUGGCCAACUCUUGCUUUGGAUGAGGAACAUGUUCCUCUGAUCUGCAGUAAACCCAUGUGUUCAAAGCCAUACUAUCAUCAUGUAGAAACAUUUCAGAUGGGUUCCCAUGUUUUUAAGUCACCCCAAUUAUGUUGCUGCAUUUAAAUAAAAACUUUUCCUGAAAACCUG